AAAUUACGGGCCUGGCAGCUCGGGCUCACGGGCUUUCCACUCGUCGACGCGGCGAUGCGCCAGCUGUGGGUCUGGGGCUGGAUGCCCAACUACGUGCGCCACGUCGUCGCGUCCUUUUUAGUCGAGCACCUCCACCUCGACUGGCGCCACGGCGAGGCCUGGUUCCACGACACGCUGGUGGACGCGGACGCGGCGAUCAACGCGUUCAUGUGGCAGAACGGCGGGCGGUCCGGCAUGGACCAGUGGAACUUCGUCAUGCACCCGGUGCACGCGGCGAAGAACUGCGACCCGGAGGGCGACUACGUGCGGCGCUGGUGCCCGGAGCUCGCGGCGCUGCCCCGGGACCACAUCCACCAGCCCUGGCGCGCGCCGGCGUCGCUC